GUCCAACCCGUGUCAUCGUGCAUGCCCUAGAGGCUGACUUCAAAUGUCCACCCUGGGGUGUGGUACGCAAUAUGGCGCAAGCAGGUCCCAUCACGGACGUCACUCAACGACUCUUCAUCGAGUUAAAGUCUAAGAACGAGGAAACGCGAGUGCGAGCUGCUUAUGAGCUUUACGACAACGUCGUUGCCAUCUCACGAGACUGGCCUCCCGAGAAGUUUCUCGAGUUUUUUAACGCUGUUAGCCAGCGCAUCGCACAGCUCGUGGUCACCGGCAAUGACGCACACGACAAGAUUGGAGGACUUCUAGCUCUCGAUCGCCUAAUAGACUUCGAUGGUGUGGACGCAGCUCAGAAGACAACUCGAUUCGCCAGCUAUCUUCGCAAUGCCCUUCGAAGCAACGAUAAUUCGGUCCUGGUUUACGCAGCUCGGGCACUGGGCCGUUUGGCCAAGCCCGGUGGAGCUCUUACGGCAGAACUGGUUGAGAGUGAAAUACAAUCUGCCCUGGAGGCCCUUCAGUCUGAACGACAGGAAAGCCGGCGCUAUGCUGCUGUACUUGUUAUUCGAGAGCUUGCCAAAGGCUCGCCCACGUUGCUCUAUGGUUUUGUCUCGCAGAUAUUCGAGCUCAUAUGGGUCGCUCUGCGCGAUCCUAAGGUGCUUAUCCGAGAAACUGCAGCGAAGGCUGUUAGCGAGUGCUUUGAGAUCAUCGCUGCCAGAGAUAUGCAGGUCCGACAACUAUGGUUCGCGCGGAUCUACGAAGAAGCGCUGCUAGGUCUCAAAUCCAGCAAUGUGGAUUGGAUCCAUGGAUCACUUCUGGUACUAAAAGAGCUACUUUUGAAGGGUGCCAUGUUCAUGAACGAGCAUUACCGGAAUGCAUGCGAGAUUGUUCUUCGUCUCAAAGACCACCGGGAUCCUAAGAUACGCACUCAGGUCGUUUUGACCAUACCCAUUCUUGCCUCAUACGCCCCUCUCGACUUCACAGAAACCUAUCUUCAUAGAUUCAUGAUUUAUCUCCAAGCGCAAUUGAAGAGAGAUAGGGAACGAGACUCUGCAUUCAUCGCGAUUGGGAAGAUUGCCAAUGCUGUCGGCGUUGCUAUCGCACAAUACCUCGAUGGUAUCAUUGUUUACAUCCGAGAAGGCCUUGCAGUGAAAGCCCGUAACCGAGCUGGUGUCAAUGAAGCGCCGAUGUUCGAAUGUAUCAGCAUGUUGUCGCUAGCCGUGGGACAGGCACUCAGCAAAUACAUGGAAGCACUGCUCGAUCCUAUCUUUGCAUGCGGGUUAAGCGAGUCUCUUACUCAGGCUCUAGUAGACAUGGCUCACUACAUCCCCCCCAUCAAGCCGAUAAUCCAAGAGAAGUUAUUGGAUAUGCUGAGUCUAAUUCUCUAUGGCACCCCAUUCCGGCCGUUGGGUUGUCCUGAGAGCAGGCUGCCACCGAUGCCCUCGUUUGCCAGGGAUUUUCCACCACAGGAACUUCAUUCUGAUGCCCAAAUCGCCCUUGCACUUCACACGUUGGGGAGCUUUGACUUCUCAGGGCACAUUCUCAAUGAAUUCGUUCGUGAUGUAGCAAUCAACUAUGUCGAGAAUGACAACCCCGAGAUUCGAAAGGCAUCCGCACUUACAUGCUGCCAAUUGUUUGUCCAUGAUCCUAUCAUUAAUCAAACAAGUAGCCAUUCUAUACAGGUUGUCAGUGAAGUUAUCGACAAGCUUCUUACUGUUGGCGUGGGAGAUCCCGAUCCUGAAAUCCGGCGUACAGUCUUGUGGUCUUUGGAUCGCAAAUUUGACCGUCAUCUGGCUAGACCGGAGAAUAUCCGUUGCCUCUUUUUAGCGGUCAACGAUGAAGUGUUUCCCGUCAGAGAGGCUGCUAUUUGUAUCAUUGGUCGUCUCUCCAGCGUCAACCCGGCUUAUGUGUUUCCACCUCUCCGGAAAUUGCUGGUCAAUCUCUUGACAAGUCUCGGCUUUGCAAGCACUGCUCGGCAAAAAGAAGAAAGUGCCCAGCUGAUCAGCCUCUUUGUUUCGAAUGCUACAAAGCUUAUUCGGUCUUACGUGGACCCGAUGAUCACAACAUUACUGCCAAAAGCAACUGAUGCGAACCCCGGUGUGGCUUCGACCACACUCAAGGCUGUUGGGGAGCUCGCAAGUGUUGGAGGUAGCGAAAUGAAGACCUAUUUGCCGCAAUUGAUGCCAAUCAUUCUUGACGCAUUGCAGGAUCUGUCAUCUCAUGCGAAGCGAGAGGCAGCCUUGCGAACUCUUGGACAAUUGGCUAGCAAUUCUGGCUAUGUCAUCGAUCCGUACCUUGAGUAUUCCCAUCUUCUCGCGGUACUGAUCAACAUCAUCAAGACGGAACAGACUGGGUCCCUGCGCAAGGAAACCAUCAAAGUCUUGGGAAUAUUGGGCGCUCUGGAUCCUUACAAAUAUCAGCAAAUAAGCGAAACUGCUCCAGAUAUCCACCACAUAAACGAGGUGCAAGCUGUCUCCGAUGUCGCCCUCAUUAUGCAAGGCCUCACGCCAUCAAACGACGAAUACUAUCCGACCGUGGUUAUCAACACACUGAUGCAGAACAUUUUGCGCGAGAACUCUCUUGCUCAGUAUCAUUCUGCAGUUAUCGACGCAAUUGUCACAAUUUUCAAGACGUUGGGCCUGAAAUGCGUGCCUUUCCUUGGACAAAUCAUCCCCGGCUUUAUUUCCGUCAUCAGAGGGUCUCCCUCCAGCCGCCUCGAGUCUUACUUCAACCAAUUGGCAGUCUUAGUGAAUAUUGUACGGCAGCAUAUACGGGCUUUCCUUCCAGAAAUCAUUGAAGUAGUUCGUGACUUCUGGGAUGCCUCAUAUCAAGUCCAGGCUACAAUUCUAUCCCUGGUUGAGGCAAUAGCCAAAUCCCUGGAAGGAGAAUUCAAGAAGUACCUGGCAGGGCUUAUCCCGCCAAUGCUUGACACUUUUGAGAAGGAUACUACGCCGCGCCGAUUACCUUCUGAGAAGAUUCUACACACUUUCUUAAUCUUUGGCCCUAGCGGCGAGGAGUACAUGCAUCUGAUUGUGCCAUCUAUUGUGCGCCUUUUUGACCGGACCCAGAAUCCGACAAGUAUUCGAAAGUCUGCUAUCGACACUUUGACAAAGCUAUCACGCCAAGUAAAUGUUUCGGACUUCGCAUCUCUGAUGGUUCACUCAUUGUCACGGGUUGUUGCUGGUAGCGACCGCGCCUUGCGGCAGGCUGCCAUGGAUUGUAUUUGUGCCCUUAUCUUCCAGCUCGGUCAAGACUUCAACCAUUACAUACAUCUCUUGAACAAAGUCUUGAAGGCGCAACAGUUCACCCAUAACACUUACCAUAUCUUGGUGACCAAGUUACAGAAGGGUGACCCUCUCCCACAGGAUCUUAACCCAGAUGAAAACUAUGCAACGCUUGCAGACGAUGCCAAUUAUGCAGAAAUCGGGCAGAAGAAAAUGCUUGUCAACCAGCAACAUCUCAAGAGCGCCUGGGACGCUUCUCAGAAAUCAACUAGAGAGGAUUGGCAGGAAUGGAUAAGACGAUUCAGCGUGGAGCUUCUGAAAGAAUCUCCUUCUCCAGCUCUGCGAGCGUGUGCCAGCUUGGCAGGAAUCUAUCAGCCUUUAGCAAGGGACCUGUUUAACGCCGCCUUCGUUUCAUGCUGGACCGAGCUGUAUGAUCAGUAUCAAGAGGAACUGGUCCGAUCUAUCGAGAGAGCGCUUACUUCGCCGAAUAUCCCCCCAGAAAUCCUUCAGGUCCUCCUGAACUUGGCCGAGUUCAUGGAGCACGAUGAUAAAGCUCUCCCAAUUGACAUCCGGACCUUGGGCAAGUAUGCCGCCAAGUGUCACGCGUUCGCCAAAGCUCUUCACUAUAAGGAGCUGGAAUUCGAACAAGACCAGAACUCUGGGGCAGUCGAGGCCUUGAUCACCAUCAACAACCAACUUCAACAGUCAGACGCCGCUAUUGGGAUUCUUCGCAAGGCACAGGCGUAUCGAGACGUCGAGCUCAAGGAAACUUGGUUUGAGAAGCUCCAGCGCUGGGAGGAAGCUCUCGCUGCGUACAAACGACGUGAGAGAAUAGAUCCUGAUUCUUUCGGAGUUACCAUGGGUAAAAUGCGUUGUCUUCACGCCCUUGGUGAGUGGAAGGUGCUUUCAGAUCUUGCUCAGGAGAAGUGGAAUCAAGCGUCUCUCGAACACCGAAGAGCAAUAGCACCUCUAGCCGCUGCUGCUGCCUGGGGUCGUGGACAGUGGGAACUGAUGGAUUCUUAUUUGGGCGUUAUGAAGGAGCAAUCUCCGGAUCGCUCUUUCUUUGGCGCGAUCCUCGCCAUUCACCGAAAUCAGUUUGACGAAGCGACAAUGUACAUUGAGAAAGCGCGCAAUGGCCUCGACACGGAACUUUCCGCGUUGUUAGGCGAGUCUUACAACCGUGCUUAUAAUGUUGUUGUGCGCGUUCAGAUGCUUGCUGAGCUGGAGGAAAUCAUCACCUACAAACAGAACAUCGGUGACCCUGAAAAGCAGGAAUCCAUGCGCCAGACCUGGAACAAGCGGCUUCUUGGGUGCCAGCAGAAUGUGGAGGUCUGGCAACGCAUGCUCAAGGUUCGAGCACUCGUCACAUCACCGCGUGAGAAUCUCGAAAUGUGGAUAAAAUUCGCCAACCUAUGCCGAAAGUCCAACCGCAUGGGUCUUGCUGAGCGAUCUCUUGCAUCCCUGGAGACUACUGUGUCUGACAGUAACGGCACCCGGGUCAUUGCUCCCCCAGAAGUCACUUACGCUCGCCUGAAGUUCAACUGGGCUACUGGCCGCCAACGUGAAGCUUUACAGAUGCUCAAGGAGUUUACUUCGGGUCUCACAGAAGACUUUACUCGGUACAAUACCCUCAUACUGUCACAAUCAGAUCACGGCGCAGUCAAUGGGGUGAACGGGGUGAAUGGGGUCAAUGGCAUUGCUGAUGCGAAUCAUCCCGAUGUUCAAGGACUACGCGAACGUAUCGGCGAUGUGGCCAAGUUCAGGAAGCUUCUAGCCAAGAGCUACCUACGGCAGGGUGAAUGGCAGACUGCCAUGCAACGAGGUGAUUGGAGGCCCGAGCAUGUUCGUGAGGUGCUUAAUGCGUAUGCCGCCGCUACAAACUACAAUCGCGACUCGUACAAAGCAUGGCAUUCAUGGGCGCUUGCAAACUUCGAAGUUGUCACGACAAUUGCUAGCCAGGCCAGCAGAGAUGGUACAUCAAUGGCGCUGGUGCCGGGCCAUAUUGUCACGGAACAUGUCAUACCUGCAAUUCGGGGUUUCCUUAGAUCCAUCGCUUUAUCGUCGACGUCGUCCCUUCAGGAUACUCUGCGACUUCUUACUCUCUGGUUUACCCAUGGCGGUGAUGCCGAAGUGAAUAGUGUCGUUGUCGAAGGCUUCACGGCGGUCAAUAUCGACACCUGGCUCGCGGUUACCCCCCAGCUUAUAGCCCGAAUCAAUCAACCCAAUAUCAGGGUACGGUCUGCUGUUCAUCGACUGCUCUCUGAGGUUGGCAAAACGCAUCCUCAAGCAUUGGUUUACCCAUUGACUGUUGCGAUGAAAUCGAACGUUACAAGGCGUUCGCAGUCUGCAAGCAAUAUCAUGGACAAUAUGCGGCAGCACAGCGCCAAGCUCGUUGAGCAAGCCGAUCUCGUUAGUCACGAGCUCAUUCGAGUCGCGGUUCUAUGGCAUGAGCUUUGGCACGAAGGCUUAGAAGAGGCCUCGCGACUCUACUUCGGUGAUCACAAUGUUGAGGGAAUGUUUGCAACGCUCGCACCAUUGCAUGACAUGCUUGACAAAGGGGCAGAAACAUUGCGUGAGGUAUCUUUUGCCCAGGCUUUCGGUCGUGAUCUUGCCGAGGCAAAGCAUUAUUGUAUGCUUUACCGCGAGACUGAGGAGAUUGGUGAUCUGAAUCAGGCAUGGGAUCUCUACUACACCGUGUUCCGCAAGAUUAGUCGGCAACUUCCCCAGUUAUCCAUCCUCGACCUCAAAUAUGUCUCUCCCAAGCUCAAGGACUGCGUGGAUCUUGACCUUGCCGUUCCUGGCACCUACCAGAGUGGUAGACCAAUCAUCCGAAUCGUUAGCUUCGAUCCUAUCUUACAUGUCCUGCAAACCAAGAAAAGGCCACGCAGAAUGACACUUAAGGGCAGCGACGGAAAUUCUUACAUGUAUGCGCUUAAGGGACACGAAGAUAUUCGUCAGGACGAGAGAGUCAUGCAACUAUUUGGCCUUGUCAACACUCUUCUGGACAACGAUGGCGAGAGUUUCAAACGUCAUUUGUCCGUGCAACGGUUCCCUGCCAUUCCCCUGUCCCAGAGCUCUGGUUUGUUAGGAUGGGUAUCCAACAGCGACACGUUGCACGCCUUGAUCAAAGAAUACCGAGAGAGCCGGCGGAUCUUGCUUAACAUCGAACAUCGCAUUAUGCUUCAGAUGGCUCCCGACUACGAUAAUCUUACCCUCAUGCAGAAAGUGGAAGUCUUUGGGUAUGCCAUGGACAAUACUACCGGGAAAGACCUUUACCGUGUUCUUUGGCUCAAAAGUAAGAGCUCCGAGGCAUGGCUUGAGCGACGGACAAACUACACUCGAUCUCUUGGCGUCAUGUCUAUGGUCGGCUAUAUCCUUGGCUUGGGCGAUCGCCACCCGUCCAACCUCCUUCUCGAUCGAGUCACUGGCAGAGUGGUCCACAUUGACUUUGGUGAUUGCUUCGAAGUGGCUAUGCACCGAGAGAAGUAUCCAGAGCGGGUGCCUUUCCGGCUUACCCGCAUGUUAACAUUCGCCAUGGAGGUUAGCAACAUUGAAGGAAGUUACCGGAUUACAUGUGAGGCUGUCAUGCGUGUGCUAAGAGAGAACAAAGACUCCCUUAUGGCGGUGCUAGAAGCAUUCAUUCAUGAUCCUCUGAUCAACUGGCGUCUUGGAGUGCGCGAGUCUCCCGAUCGCAUGCCCUUUUCCGCGGAGCGCCGGCAAUCUGUCGUCUCCAAUAUUAAUCUUGAACAUGGCGUCCAGCCAAGCAACUUCUCGCGUCACCGCCGGCCAUCAAUUCUUGAAGGUGGUAUCCUGGAUGCACAGGAAGGGAUUCCUAAUGAAGCACGCGAAGCACAGAACGCACGAGCGCUCCAGGUUCUUGCGCGAGUUAAGGAGAAGUUGACUGGUAGAGACUUCAGGCCCAACGAGGAGCUCAAUGUUAGCGACCAGGUUGACAAACUUCUUGCUCAGGCCACCAGCGUGGAGAACAUCUGCCAACAUUGGAUUGGUUGGUGUAGUUUCUGGUGAUCAUCUUGUACUGCUGUUUAUGGAUUUCUGGUUCUCGUGGAGGCGCAAAUUGUGAUGACGGUUUUUUUUUGCAUGGCACGACUACUAUUUUCCUUCUCCUUUACUUACCCUUCACCUACCCGACCAUCUUGUUUUGCCUUUUCGCUCUUUUCUGUGUGUAGUAUUAUUCUUUGCUCUUCUGUCCUCCUUCUUUUUCCCUGUCCUAUUUGUCCUAUCCCUAUACGGAAUUAGGAUCUAUGGGGAGCUGCCUUUCACGAUAAUAUCAUUUCGAUGUCUUCAUUUCAUAGCGACAUGGCGCUCAAGUCAGGAUGGCUCAUGGGAUAGACGGUC